AUGAAGAGCACUCUCCUCACCGCGGCCGUGUUGUUGGGCGCGGCCCAGGCCGAAGUCCACAAGCUAAAGCUCAAGAAGGUUCCUCUUGAGGAGCAACUGAACGCUGUCCCCAUCGAGCACCAGGUCAGACAGCUGGGCCAGAAGUACAUGGGCACUCGUCCCAAUAACCAUGCCGACGCCAUGUUCAACCAGAAGCCCAUCCAGACGGACGGUGAACACCCCGUGCCUGUCAGCAACUUCAUGAACGCUCAGUACUUCUCUGAGAUUCAGAUCGGAACCCCUCCCCAGACCUUCAAGGUUGUUCUGGACACUGGAAGCUCAAACUUGUGGGUGCCUUCCCAGCAGUGUGGCAGCAUUGCCUGCUACUUGCACACCAAGUACGACUCGUCAGCCUCUUCUACCUACAAGUCCAACGGCUCUUCUUUCGAGAUUCAUUACGGAUCUGGCAGCUUGACUGGCUUCGUCUCCCAGGACGAUGUGUCCAUCGGCGACCUCAAGAUCAAGAAGCAGGACUUCGCCGAGGCCACCAGUGAGCCUGGCCUGGCCUUUGCCUUCGGCCGUUUCGACGGCAUUCUUGGUCUUGGCUAUGAUACCAUUUCCGUCAACAAGAUUGUCCCCCCCUUCUACAACCUUGUUAACCAGAAGGCCAUUGACGAGCCCGUCUUUGCUUUCUACCUUGGCGACACCAACGAGGAAGGUGAUGAGAGCGAGGCCACGUUUGGUGGCCUUGAUGAGUCUCACUACGAGGGCAAGGUCACUUACAUCCCUCUCCGCCGCAAGGCGUACUGGGAGGUUGACCUCGAUGCCAUCUCCCUCGGCGACGAGACCGCUGACCUCGAGGGUCACGGUGCCAUCCUCGACACUGGCACCUCCCUUAACGUUCUUCCCUCCGCUCUUGCUGAGCUUCUCAACAAGGAGAUUGGUGCCAAGAAGGGCUACAACGGCCAGUACUCUGUUGAGUGCUCCAAGCGUGACGAGCUCCCCGACAUCACCUUCACCCUUGCUGGUUACAACUUCAGCAUCUCCGCCUACGACUACGUCCUGGAAGUCUCUGGAAGCUGCAUCUCCACCUUCCAGGGCAUGGACUUCCCCGAGCCGGUCGGCCCUCUCGUUAUUCUGGGAGACGCCUUCCUCCGCCGGUGGUACUCUGUUUACGACCUCGGCAAGAACGCCGUUGGUCUGGCCAAGGCUAAGAAAUAA